AUGCCAUCGCGACGGGCGGGUGGUGGCACAGUGCGGCGUAAGCACUCAAUUGGUAAUUUGCGUCGUGCUCAUCCCGCCUCGGGGGCCACAUGGAAUGUUCAGGUGGUGCGUGGAAAAAUGUCAUCCAAAUGCCUCUGGCAUGCUUGUCGCGCACUCGUGCUGGGCUUAACGCUGAUGCUGCUCGGUGGCAGUAUGGCUACGAUAGGCUAUUAUGCGGACUACCUCUCGACGGGUUCUGAGUUGCGCGGCAAUGCGACGGUGCGGGUCAAAAAUGACCUAAAGGGUUUUCACCUCAACAACCUCUCCUACGUCGGACCUAUUGUGAUGGGCUUCGGUGGUUUCAUUGUGGUGGCUUCUUGUGUUAUGACAUUUGAGGCGCGUGACUCAGCCGCAAAAGUGGUGCCAGCGCGUUUUCGACCUGGUGCGGGCGGUAGCAAAUCGACCGUACGCAGUAAUCAGAGCAGUGCCACUUCGCAAAGGCGUGCCAUUGGUAUUCAAUUGCAAACAACGCGUUGGGAUCAACAAUUUGGUGUAUUUCGCACGUCACCAGCUGAGCCGCCACCGCAGGCCACACCACAGCCUUUCGAUCGGGAGGCACUUACAGCCGAGCUUAUCAAAUUUUCAAAGUCCCUCAGCGCAUCCGCUCGCUUUUCUCCACAACUACGACGCCUCACCCACACUGGUUCUGUGCCAAAUCUCUCCACACAUGUCCCCCAUCCCAUCGCUUACUCCACUAACCUCUCACAUUUGCUUUCGCCGCAUCACAAACCACUUUUAUUGCUGGAACAAAAACGUCACCGACACCAUCAUCGACACCACCACCAUCAUCACCGCCAUCUGCACACCAACAGCAGUGGACGUCAGGUAAAGUCGCGCGGGUCGCGCAUUAGUAAUAGUUUGGUGCAACGCAAUACUCGUGAAAAUGGUGGGCCUUGUGCGCUACUCCAGCCGCCUGCUACAAAUAAGCUCUACUGGCACGCAGCCUCCUUCGAUGAUGGUGCCCGUGUGGAAAAGCAGCUAUCAAGGGCUACAGUGGCUGACAUGUCCCGUCGCUCCGACACGGCUAAGCGUCAUGUGCUGGCACGACAGAAGCCGAUCGAACAGGAGGAGGACAAAAGUAGUCCGCUAGGAAAUCGGAGAAGUUCUACAAUGUCAGACUCUUCAUAUAGCGGCCGCUGGACGGCACGCUGCGCCUCCAUGGCUAGUCGCGCCUCAAGCAUCGAUUCGCGACGCAUACAAGUUGAUUUGCAUAGCCCUGAAGUAAUGCCAAAAUCUAUAUUGCGCUCACCGAAGCGGUACAGUUCUGGACCAUCCGCCACUCCGUCAGUGGAGAAGGAGUUCAGGAGCCAAGCAAGCGUUUGUUCUGAGCCACCUGCAGCCAUACACCACCUUUCCGGUCAAUCGAGCUUGGAGCCUUGCUUUCCUGAAGAGAAUAUCGAUAAUGUAGACGAUAAAUUAUCCAACAGCAUCAACGGCGUGGCGUUAUCACCGGUUGCGCUUAAUGUGGCCAUUCAAACUGUUUCUAUGACAACUGUGCACCAAGUAGAAGAGUUGCCGCCACCGCUUCCCAAGAAGUUGAAUAGCAUCCUCAAAAAGGCACGACCCGACACGCUUUGCCUUGACUCCAAUGCGAAACCUGUUGUGGUGAAUGAGUGCAAUAAAUCCCUGUAUCGCAGUAAUUCUUCACGUACAUUCUAUCGACCUAAAGCACAACUGCCCAAUGUAUCGGACGAUAGUAUCUUCUUUAUACGUUCCUCAAGUGAACGGCAAAGUAUCGAGAGCAAUGAUCUUUACGAUUCUGUGCAGGUAAUAAACGAAAGACGCACAACGCUCUUGCGAACAGAAAGCGAAGCAGCGCUUAGCAAUAUGCAAAAAGCAAGCAGUUUCUCGUUGCUAGCCGAGAUACCAGAGCGUGCGCAAAACAACUCAAUAGAUGUGGACGAGAAUACAUCGAGUGAGGAUACGAAGACGACGGCAAAAAAAGAGACCACCGUGGAAAUUGAGCCGGAAGAGGAACUACCUCCUAUAAGCCAAAACGAAGGGUGA